AUGCACGCUGCCAGGGCCAGUCCUCGCGGCACAGGAAUCACUCGACUGAUCUCAUUGAAUUGUUCCUCGAGACCGCCGAAUCCUUCCACCUAUUCAUCCGCACCACCACGGCCAAUCCACGAGGAAAUCGCCAUGUUUAAGAAAGCUGUUAAAGAUCAUCCUGGAGGGACAUCUAAGCCUCUUCAGUCCAAUUUUCUCCGUGCAAACACUGUUGUCUCCUCCAAACCCGCUCAGCCACAGUCCGUCGGUGUUAAACGAAAAAUCGACUUGACCAAUGGCGGGGAAUCCACGCUGGGCUCCCUCCACAGCGCGGUCUACUUCGAUGAGAAUGAUUUUGAUGAUGAUCUCGAUCUCGACAUUGAUGAACCCAUUGCGCUGAAUAUACCGAGUGCGACAAGUACCACCUAUGCGCCAAAGCCCGAUCCCGUCACCUAUCCGACCAUCGACCUCACAUCACCAGAUGUUCGCGAUCGGCAGUCCGUUCCGGCGAGUAAACCACAAUCAGACAUCGCAUAUCCUGAUCUGCCACCUGCGUCCCAAGAACAAGCUGCGCCUCCGAGCAGCAUCCAGUAUCCAUGGUCUUCAUCUCCCCCUCCCACUUUCAGCCGCCUCCCAAGCCACGAGGCUAAGGAGGAGCCCUUCCAAGAGAAAAGGAGCAAUCUCGUCACGCCGAAACGAACCAAACCCGCAGAACCUUGGAAUAAAAGCGCGAGUGCCAUCAAGGAGGAACAAAAGGAGCUGAGACGGGAAUACAGGAAAAGUCAAAAAGCCGACGGAGCACCGAAGCAGAAGGAUAAUGCCAAGUUGGCCAAGGUCUUCCUCAGUGAUGAACAACUGCACGUUGUGGAAGCUGUUGUCGAUCAUGGAAAGAGUAUCUUCUUUACCGGCUCAGCAGGUACCGGAAAGUCCGUUCUCAUGAGAGAGAUCAUCAAAAAGCUGCGGGAUAAAUUCAAGCGGGAACCAGAUCGAGUUGCAGUGACGGCGUCAACAGGUCUGGCAGCCUGUAACAUUGAAGGUGUCACGCUCCAUAGUUUUGCCGGUAUUGGGCUGGGCAAAGAGGCUGUACCUGAAUUGGUCAAGAAGAUUAAAAAGAACCAGAAAGCGCGGAAUCGUUGGCUCCGUACCAAGGUCCUGAUUAUUGAUGAAGUAUCAAUGGUUGAUGGAGAUUUGUUUGACAAACUUGAGGAAAUUGCUCGACGAAUUCGGAAUAACGGCCGCGCAUUUGGAGGUAUUCAGCUCGUUGUCACUGGCGACUUUUUCCAACUACCCCCUGUACCAGAAGGCCAUGGUCGUGAAGCGAGAUUUGCCUUCGCAGCAGCUACUUGGAACACUACGAUCCAGCAUACCAUUCUCUUGACGCAUGUCUUCCGACAGAAAGAUCCGGAGUUUGCCUCUAUGCUGAAUGAAAUGCGAUUGGGCAAGAUCAGUCCUAAGACAAUCGAUGCGUUCCGGAAGCUCUCUCGGCCUCUUGAUUUCCACGAUGCUCUCGAGGCGACCGAAUUGUUUCCCACUCGUGCUGAGGUUGAGAAUGCAAAUUCGCAACGAAUGAAUCGACUCUCUGGUGAGGUGAUGACGUUCCACGCAGUCGACUCAGGAACGAUCCAAGAUCCACAGCACCGUGAAAAGCUACUAUCCAACUGCAUGGCGCCAAUGGCCAUCCAUCUCAAGAAAGGUGCCCAGGUUAUGCUUAUCAAGAACAUGGAAGAUACUCUGGUCAACGGCUCUAUCGGACGUGUUGUAGCCUUCAUGGACGAGACAACCUUCGACUGCUACAAGGAUAAUGAAGGCAUUUUCGUUGAUGGGGGCAAUGACAACGAGGAGGAUGCGGCUCUACGUGCUCGCAAGAAGCUUAAGCCACUGGCUCACAAGGAAGGUGGAGUUACAGUGACACGAAAAUGGCCUCUGGUUAGCUUUAUGCAGCCUGACGGGACAGAGAGACAUCUACUUUGUCAACCAGAAGCCUGGAAGAUUGAACUUCCCAAUGGUGAAGUCCAAGCUCAGCGCCAGCAGGUGCCUUUGAUUUUGGCAUGGGCAUUGUCCAUCCACAAGGCUCAAGGCCAGACUCUUCAUCGGGUGAAGGUUGAUCUGGGCCGAGUCUUUGAGAAGGGGCAGGCCUACGUGGCACUGAGUCGUGCUACCUCCCAGGCCGGUCUGCAAGUUUUGCGGUUUGAGCCGCGUAAGGUUAUGGUACAUCCCAAGGUGACAGAGUUCUACUCCAACUUGGUGUCCAUCACCCAGGUCAUUCAAUCCAAGAAGAAAAAGUCAACUGGUGGGGAUGACUUUGAGGAGGAGUUCUAAUGUGAUCUAGGCGGGAUGGAACCAUGCAGGAGGCGCUAAUCUGUCUGUAAUGUUUUCUUUGGAGCCGUGGUACUCAUAUAUUAUUCAAAACAUAGAGAUAUCCCAUGAUCAUGAUCUACUCUCAGUCAAAAACAACAAUUUUUAUAAUUUGA